GCAGCGUCUAAUCCACUCACGGACUUUGACCAACGGUGACUCAGAUGUUCAAGUGAAAGGAGGAAGUAGGCGGGGCAUAGAGAACGGGAUGUCCGGACCUGAGAGGGGGAUCGGCGUUCGCCGCGAGGACCGAGAGGCGGGCAACGAGACGGACAACGAGGACAACGAGAACAAUGAGAAUGAUGAAGACGAAGAAGAAGAGGAUGGAGGGGGGCCCUUUGUACCCUUCCAGUGCCCAGCGGGGGGGUUCAACAAGCUGAAGUGGCUGGUGGCCUGGCCUCUCUGCCUGCUGCUGUACUUCACCGUCCCCAACUGCUCCACGCCUCGCUGGGACAACUACUUCAUGCUGUCCUUCUUCUGCUCCACCCUGUGGAUCGCUGGGUUCUCCUACAUCAUGGUCUGGAUGGUGACAGUGAUCGGCUUCACACUCGGUAUCCCGGACGUCAUCAUGGGCAUCACCUUCCUGGCAGCCGGCACCAGCGUCCCUGAUUGCAUGGCCAGCCUUAUAGUGGCACGACAAGGAAUGGGAGACAUGGCUGUGUCCAACUCCAUCGGCAGUAACGUGUUUGACAUCCUGGUGGGGCUCGGGCUCCCCUGGUCCGUGAAGACCCUCGCUAUCAACUACGGCUCUGAUAUCAAAAUCAACAGCAAAGGCCUGAUCUUCUCCGUGGGGCUCCUGCUGGCCUCUGUGUUCAUGACUGUCCUGGGAGUUCACCUCAACAAGUGGACUCUGGACAAGCGCCUGGGUUUCACGUGUCUCCUCCUCUACUCCGUCUUCCUGUGUGUCUCCUGCCUUAUCGAGUACAAUAUCUUCACCUUCGUCAACCUGCCAACCUGCCGCGACGAUUAACACACACACAGACAAGUGCACACAUAUACACUAUAUAAAUGGUGUUUGCAAAUAAUUCCAACACAUUCUGACGAUAGAAUUAGACCCAGAAAGUAUAAUUCUUAAUAUAUUUAACAGCGAGAAUGAUUUUCAAAUACCAUUUAAAACACACUCACUUACCUGUUUUUAUGAGAAGAUGUCCCACUCUGCUUCUUUUUUUUUUAUGGCUAUCUGCUGUGUCGCCUAGUUUUCGGGGCAGAGAUAGAAAUGACUGACGUGCCCUCACACAGGACAGAACUGAGGACAGGAGUCACCACUACUGCUUGCUCCUGACUUGAGGACCUUUAUUUAGAAACUCCCUGUAUUUAGGUGUGAAAGUAGUCAUGUUUACUAGCUGCUAACCUUUCCUGAGAGGAAAGGUGGGUCUUUUAGAUCUACUAGUUGAGAGUAAUAAUUAUAAAAGCAAUGAUGUAAAUAGGUGGGAGGGUGUAGAUUAGCGCUGUGGUUCAGAUAACGUUUUUAAAACACAGUUAAGAGUGCAAAUCUUCAGGCAAAGAGCACACAAUGGUAAGCAGAUGGGCCCGAUUUUCAAACACCAUUAUCUUAAGACUAUUUUAGAUUUCCAACAUGUGGACAUUAUUUAGUAUUUUUAGCGAAACAUUUUUAAGAAACCCAACCCCCAGACAGAAUCAGGGCAUUAUCAAAAAAUAUUCAAAAAGAACCCCUCAGCGUAUUUUAAUUUAAGCGGUUAGGUAAAAAACUAACCCUUUAUCUCCUCAUGGUUCUGUUUUCAUGCUUUACAAAUGUUAGUCUGUUUGGCCAAUCAUUGGAAAUGUCAGAGACAUUUUCAGGAAACUUGGCCAAUCACAGGUGAUUCCCAGCAUAGGGAACAGCUACCUGCAAAAAACGAAAAGCAGGAAGACAAUAAGUUCUUCAGAGAUGCAUACGGAAGAUGAUUGGGGCCACAUGCGGAAUUAUUUUUGAGAUCUGACCAAAAGUAAAAUUGCUUUUGAGUUCUGAUAAAAAAGUCAGAAUUCAGACUUUCCUUUUCAGAAGUCUGCACUUUGAUCUCAGAACUAAAAAAAAUUAAAAAAUGUUGCCGGAUCCAAAAAGAAAAUUCACAUGUGGCCCUUAUCAACUUCCAUCGGUUGGUAGAAGAAUUAAUGAAUACCAACAUUGACUCUCCAUCUCUCUACAGAUCUCUACAGUACCUUUACCUUCUUUGAGAUCAUGUUGCAGCACAGUUACGAUUGUGUCCACAUGGUGUCGUGUUUUUGGCGGAAAGGAAACUC